AUGGUCAUCCCUCCUGAGGAUUGGCCUUUUGAUGAUGACGUUGAUCUAUUUGUUGAUGGUCCUCCUGAUGAUGCCCAUGGUGAUGGAGAGAUAGAUGAAGAGGUUGCUGCUAUUCCUCCUCUUGAGAUCCCUGUUAUCGAGAUAUCCUCUGAUACUAGUUUGCACUCUGUCUCAGAUUCCUUUGAGUCUGUGACGUCUUCAGCCUUGCAGACGGUUGGAUUACAGCGCUAUGCCACAGAUUCUGAUGAUGAUACGGUGAUGUCAGCUGCACCAUCCCCUCCAUACGACCCCGAGCAUGGUCUUGAGCCAUAUUUUGUUCCUACUAAUCAGCCUGAUGUUGCACCUGCUGAUCCUAAGCCCAUGCCUGAUCAUGACCCUAUUCCUUUUGGUUUACCAGACAUUGCACCCCUCAUACCUGACCCAGUUCCUACACUUGUUGACCCUCCUUUUAUUGAGCCACUUAUUCCUCCACCUGCACACACCCCCGCUGAUGUUGCUCCUUUUCCUCCUGUGGAGUCCGAUGUCCAUCGUAUUGAUUUACCUAUCGUUUUCCUUCAGGACAUACCCGCACCCCGUCCAGGGGAAGGUACUUUAGGCCAGCAGCCUAGUCAUGAUCCUUAUGUUUCAGCAGCUCAUUCCCAUAUCCCUCAGUCUACACCGUUUGCCCCUAUUACUUCUUCACCACUUGACGAGCCAUUCCGAUGGUUCCCACCGUAUUCUAUGCCAAUUUCAGAUCCCUACCAUCCCUCUCAUUUUGUUGGCUAUACACGGGAUGAGUUACUUUUAUCACUUCAACUUUAG